AACAAAUUGGAUACAAAACAAACGGGCUAUUUUCUGUGAUGGGAAACACAUCGGUGGAAACCGUUUACUGCAACUUCCAUGCCAAAGAAAAUGAUUUGCAGAAAUGGAUUGGAUCGAACGACAUCAAGUCGGUGCCGACCUAUUUCUACGUCACGAGAAUCACCCCAUUUUCAACGAUAAGAACUCCAAUUCCAUUCGACCUCGCCAAAGUCAACAUGGGAAACGCCAUGGAACUGGCGUCGGGGAAAUUCAGGGCACCGAGAUCAGGGAUUUACUUCUUUUCUUUCACGGGCCACGCCCUUUUCCCUCAAUCUGUCUCCGAGGUUGAAUUAGCGGUGAGUCUUUACCUGAACGGCAAUCGAAUCGGCUGGGCGGAGGUAGAAGAAACCAACACCUCCGAUGGCCAAUUUAGUCCGUUGACCCUCCAGUCGACCAUCAACUUGAAGGCGGGCGAUCAAAUUUGGCUGCAGAUCGUGUCCAUUUCAGAAGGGACGGUCCUAUUCAACGCACGAAAUCAUUACACUCAUUUCACAGGGUGGAUGUUGGAGGAAGAUAUUGUUGCGUCACUUUGAAUAAA